GGAUUAUUAUAGUAACAAAGUGAAAGACGAAUUUGCUGGUCUUCCUGUAGAAUUGUUGAAGAGGUGGCUUAAGUUGGCUCCUGGAAAUUACUCAAUUAAGACCGGAAGCGCCGAAAGACCCCAAGUGCUCCCAAGAGUCGCUCCCCUUAAAACGACCCACGAAAUUGAUGCCGCACUAAACUAUUCAUCCAUCCUCUUAACACGCAAAUUAUUUUUAAUUUCAGCCUCUGAUGAAAAAUAAUAACCGACGCCGACAGUUAUUAAUAACCCGUAAUCCGCGCAGAUGAAAACAAAUACCAGCGACAUUUUUAUCAACAGAACACGAAUCCUUUAGGAACGGGAAUCUGGAUCGCGACGUGAUGGAGAGACUGUGAUGCAUCGCGGUUCCGGGAACGGGAGGAACCGAUCCAUCAACGUCGCCAUUUGUCCCGUUGUGCCGUUUCGUCGAAAUGAUUUAUGGUCCUCUUUCGCUAUUAACUAAUUCAUUCCGGGCUCUUUUCAAACGGUGUUCUGGUCAAUGGUUCGGGCCUCUCCAAACCUCGAAAUGAUUCAUCAUGAUCAUGAUCCAAUUGUUCCUUUAGCUAAUUGAUGAUUUAACGAAAUUUACAAUUUUUCGUUAUCAUCAACGCAAUUAUCAGUACGUCACAUUGACAGAUAAACAUUGUCACAGUUCAUUUGGACGCCGAUGAAUCUGGAGAGCAAUGGAUCUCGUUACUGGCAUGUACAAGUUCGAAUGCAACGAAAACUUUUUGGAAUACCUUCUGGCCGUUGGCGUGCCCGAUGAUUAUGCGUCAGUGGCCGCUUUUGAAAGACCCACUGUAGAAUUUAAGAGAGAGGACAACAAAAUUCAUCUCAUCAGUACGUCGAAGUUUCCGAAUUCCUCCAACACGUUUGUUCUCAAUGAAGAAAUUACAGAAGAAACACCCAUUGGAACUCUCACGACAUUUACAAAAUUGGAAGAUAACACCAUAACUGCAACUUUUACAGUCGGUGGAGUAUCCGGGAUGAAAGUUUACAAGUUUGAUGACGAUUCUCUUGAAGUGACACUAAAUAGUACAAAUCCUAAUAUUCCCACUGCCAGAAGGUUAUAUAGACGAAUUAAACCAUAACAUAAAAAAUAUAAAUAUGUCAUUUA